GGGGCUGGAUUUAGGGUUUUUUUUUAGGAGGAAGGGAAAUGGUUAAAGGGGGCUGAGCUGCACAGAGAACUCCGGAAUCUCCUGACCGAUGGAUUUGGGAAUUUUAGGGUCGGUUUUAGGGUUUUUAGGAGAAGGGGAAAGAGUUAAAAGUGGCUGAGGCGUAUGGGAUCUCCUGAGGAAUGGAUUUGGGAAUUUUGGGGUUGGAUUUAGGAUUUUUAGGAGGAAGGGAAAGAGUUAAAGGUGGCUGAGCUGCACAGAGAAAUCCAGAACCUCCUGAGGGAUGGAUUUGGGAUUUUUUGGGAUGGAUUUAGGGGUUUUUAGGAGGAAGGGAAAGAGUUAAAGGCGGCUGAGCUGGAGCAGAGAACUCUGGGAUCUCCUGAGGGAUGGAUUUGUGGGUUUGGGGUUGGAUUUAGGGUUUUUAGGAGGAGCGGAAAGAGUUCCUGGGGCUGAGGUGCCUGAGAUCUCCUGAGGAAUGGAUUUGGGUAAUUUAGGAUUGGAUUUAGGAUUUUUUUAGCAGGAAAGGAAAAAGUUAAAUGUGGUUGUGGUGUCUGGGGUUUCCUUAGAAGUUUUAGGAACUUUGGGGUUGGAUUUAGGGUUUUUUAGGAGGAGGAGAAAGAGUUAAAGGUUGAGGUGCAGCAGAGAACUCUGGGAGCUCCUGAGGGAAGGAUUUGGGAGUUUGGGGUUGGAUUUGGGGUUUUUUAGGAGGAGCAGAAAGAGUUCCAGGGGCUGAGGUGCCUGGGAUCUCCUGAAAAUAUUUUAGGAAUCUUGGGGUUGGAUUGAGGAUUUUUUUAGGAGGAAGGGAAAUGGUUAAAGGUGGGUGAGGUGCACAAAGAAGUCCAGAACCUCCUGAGGGAUGGAUUUGGAAUUUUUGGGGUUGGAUUUAGGGUUUUUUAGGAGGAAGGGAAAGAGUUAAAGGUGGCUGAGCGGCACAGAGAACUUUGGGAUCUCAUAAGGGAUGGAUUUGGGAAUUUUAGAGUCGCAUUUAGGAUUUUUCGGAAAAUGGAAAGAGUUAAAAGCGGCUGAGGUGACUGGGGUCUCCUUAAGAAGUUUUAGGAAUUUUGGAGUCGGAUUUCGGGUUUUUAGGAGGAGGGGAAAUGGUUAAAGGUGGCUGAGCUGCACAGAGAACUCCGGAACCUCCCGAGGAAUGGAUUUGGGAUUUUUGGGGUUGGAUUUAGGAUUUUUAGGAGGAAGGGAAGAGUUAAAAGUGGCUGAGGUGUUUGGGAUCUCCUCACAGAUGGAAUUCGAAAUUUUAGGGUUGGAUUUAGGAUUUUUAGGAGGACGGAAAACAAUUUCUGGUGCAGCAGAGAACUCCGGGACCCACUGAGAAAAGAAUUUAAGAAUCUUGGGGUUGGAUUUAGGAUUUUUAGGAGGAAGGGAAAGAGUUAAAUGUGGCUGAGGCGUCUGUGGUCUCCUUAAAAGGUUUUAGGGAUUUUGGGGUUGGAUUUAGGAUUUUUUUAGGAGGAAGGGAAAUGGUUAAAGGUGGCUGAGCUGUAGAAGAGAACUCUGGGAUCGCCUGAUGGAUUUGGGAAUACUGGGGUCGGUUUUAGGGUUUUUUAGGAGGAAGGGAAAGAGUUAAAAGUGACUGAGCUGCACAAAGAACUCCGGAAUUUCCCGACCGAUGAAAUUUGGGGAUUUUAGGGUCGGGUUUAGGGUUUUUAGGAGGAGGGGAAUGACUUAAAAGUGGCUGAGGCGUAUGGGAUCUCCUGACCGAUGGAUUUGGGAAUUUUGGGGAUGGAUUUAGGAUUUUUUUAGGAGGAAGGGAAAUGGUUAAAGGUGGCUGAGCUGCACAGAGAACUCCGGAAUCUCCUGACCGAUGAAAUUUGGGAUUUUUUGGGUCGGGUUUAGGGUUUUUAGGAGGAGGGGAAUGACUUAAAAUUGACUGAGGCGUAUGGGAUCUCCUGAGCGAUGGAUUUGGGAAUUUUGGGGUUGGAUUUAGGAUUUUUGGGAGGAAGGGAAAGAGUUAAAGGUGGCUGAGCUGCACAGAGAACUUCGGAAUCUCCCGACCUAUGAAAUUUGGGGAUUUUUGGGUCGGGUUUAGGGUUUUUAGGAGGAGGGGAAUGACUUAAAAGUGGCUGAGGCGUAUGGGAUCUCCUGACCGAUGGAUUUGGGAAUUUUGGGGUUGGAUUUAGGAUUUUUAGGAGGAAGGGAAAGAGUUAAAGGUGGAGCUGCAGCAGAGGACUCUGGGAGCUCCUGACCGAGGGAUUCGGGAAGUUUGGGGUUAUUUUUGGGUUUUUAGACGGAAGGGAAGCGCCGCUUGUGAAUGGCAGGAAAAAUCUCCGUUCCCAAGGAAUUCCUGGAAUUUCCAGCAAAUGGGAGCGAGCCUGGAAGGAGGAGGAAAAAAUCCCAAAGUUUUUUUGGGAGAAGCGCUGUGGGAACAGAGCGAGGCUGAAAAGCGAAACUACCCCAGAACCCCUCCUGACUUUUUUCUUUUUUCCCUUUCACUUCCCGAAAUUUCAACUUCCCGAAACGUCAACUUCCCCAAAAUCCGGGAUGACAAAAUCCGGGAUGACAAAAUCCGGGAUUAUUUAAAUUAAAAAAAGAAAAAAGAGAAAAGGGAGGAGGGGGGAAGAGGAGGAGCAGGAACUUUGGGGAACCAAGAUUUGGGAUUUUGUAAUCCCGGCUCCCGUGGGUGUUUGGGAUUUGAGGCUCUGCCUCCAAAUGUGGGAGGGAAAUAUGGGAGGGAAAAGUUCCAGCCUUGGGAACACCGAGAAUUCCCGGAUUUCUGCGCCUCCCGGAGUUUUUUCCAGCCGGGAAUUUUCCUGCGCUGCCUCAUUCCAGGCCAUGUCCACAGCUGGAAUUUCGGGAAUUUUGGGAUCAUUGCUCCAGCUGGAGGAAAACUUCUCCUCCUGCCUGGCCCGGAUUGACGCCCUCAUCCUCAAACCUCUGCUCCAGGCAGAGCCGCAGGAUCCAAAGGAAAAGGAGAACUUCCAGCUCUUGGUGCUCCUCAACGAUCGCUUCCAAACCCUCUGGAAUUUCACAGAGGAGAAUUCCCGGAUCCUGAGGGGGAAAUCCCAGGUGGAAAAUUCCGGUUGUAUCCAGGAUUUUUACAUCCUUUGGAAAGGAGAACUUUUCCUCAGCCUCUACAUCCAGUAUUUCGUCACUUUUGCCAACUUUGUUGUGGUCCAGGGCUUCGAGCAGGCUGCCAAGAGCAAGAGCGAGGCCUGGAAGCUGCACAAGGCGGUGCUGAAGGAAUUCCUGCGGGAUUUCACCUCGGAGAGUUCCCUGGGGCUGGCCCUGCACUUGGCGCUCCACAAACCCUUCCAGGAGCACAUCCAGAACUACCUGCGGCUCCUCCAGCAGCUCCAGGAGCAGCUCCAGGAGGGGUCGGAGCGGGAUGUGGUGGCCGCUGUGGCGCAGGAAUUUGGGAAGUUGGAAUCCUUCAUUGGCCAGGUCCUGGAUGAGGCCGGCGUCACCAAGGAGCUCUGGAAAUCCUUGGGCUACAAAUUCACCGAUGUGCUGUGUGUCCCCGAGAGGAGGCUCCUGGAGGACAGCAGGAAUAUUCCCAUCGCUUCCGGCACCGCCCGCUCCGAGCGGCUCCUGCUCUUCGACGAUGUCCUGGUGCUCAUCCAGGGAAACAGCUUCCAGAGUUUUGAUCUGAAGUUGGUGUGGGUGGAUGAAAACUGUGGAGAGAAAUCGGCUCCAGGAUUGUACAGCCUACGCAUCACAACCCCGGAAGAGAUGUUCGUCCUCUCCACCAAGGACCCUCAGAUGAAGGCCGUGUGGCGGUGGAAGCUGGCGCAGGCCGUGCGGCAGGCGCUGAACGGGAAGCGCGAUUUCCCCCUCUGGGGCCGCAGCGGGGAGGACAGCCAGGCCCCGUCCCGCCGCUUCUUCACCUACGUCUUCCGCAUGGAGGGACGGCUCCGCGGGGCCACCUACGAGGGCGAGUGGCUCUGGGGGAAGCCCCAUGGCAAGGGGACGCUGAAGUGGCGUGAUGGACGCAACCACGUCGGGGAUUUCCAGGAGGGCCUGGAGCACGGGUUCGGGAUCUGCCUGGUCCCGCGGCGCUCCGAGGACCGCUACGACUGCUACAAGUGCCACUGGUACCAGGGCAAGAUGAGGGGCUAUGGAAUCUGUGAGUAUGGGAAUGACCUGGUCUACAAGGGCUACUUCAAGGACAACGUGCGCCAAGGGUUUGGGAUCCUGGAGAACUUUUCCGCUGAGCAUCCCUUCAAAUACACGGGACAGUGGGAAAAUGACAGAAAGAACGGAUACGGAGUCUGGGAAGACAAGGAGAGAGGGGAGAGGUACAUCGGGAUGUGGUUGGAUGACCACAGACACGGAGAAGGCAUCGUGGUGACCCAAUCAGGGCUCUGCUACCAGAGGACAUUCCAUGCGGACAAAAUGGUGGGUUCGGGAAUUCUGCUCCUGGAAGAUGACUCCGUCUACGAAGGGAACUUCACGGAAGAUCUGACAUUUGUUGGAAAGGGGAAGCUGUCGCUGGCCAACGGCUUCGUGCUGGAGGGGACGUUCAGCGCCCGCGGCGGCCGCGGCCUCGGCACCCGCGGAGUGCUCAGCACGGCCCCCGAGCCCCCGCGGCCACCGGCCUCCGUCCAGCUGGGCCUCAAGGAAUUCCCAGUGGAGAAGAGAUGGACGGGAAUCUUCGAGCAAUUCCUGGAAUUCCUCCAUUCCGGCUGCAAGGAGGAAAUGGAGGAAUCUUUCACGGGAUUCCACAUCCAAACCAGCAAGGAGCUGAGGAAAUCCCAGGAAUAUCUGUUCUGCCAGAGAGGCGCUGAGGAGGUUUCAUGGAAAAUUGAGGAGAUCCUGGAAGAGCUCGUCCAGCACCAGGAGCCGAAGGCGCUCCAGAGUUAUUUGGAGAAGGCGUUGGAAUCUUCCCUGCAUCCCUUGGGAAAGCUGCUCAGGGCUCUGACCGUGGCGUUCCAGGCAACGUAUUCCGGGAUCGGAGCCAACCGGCACCUGCUGGCCAUGGCGCAGGAGGAGGUCAAGUUUUACUCCAAGAAAAUUUGGGAAUUCUACCAGGGUUUGCUCCGGCUGGCCCUGGAGCGGAAGGGCCGCGCGCCCUCGGAGGAUGCGGAUCCCAGUCUCGGGAAGGGCUCCAGCCUGGUGCUGCCGCUGAUCCUGCCUGGAUUCUAUCCCGAGCUUUCCAUGCUCUACAUGCUCCAGCACCAGCGGGAGGACGAGCUCUACUGCCAGGGAAUCGUGGAGCUCAGCCUCUUCCCAGAUAUCCAGCUCCUGGAAUUCCUGGAUGUGCAGAAGCACCUGUGGCCUCUCAAAGAUCUCACCCUGACCUCCAACCAGAGGCGCUCCCUGAUCAAGGAUAAAUGUUUCCUGUCUGCCACCGAGUGUCUGCAGAAGCUCAUCACCACGGUGGAUCCCAGGGAGAAGCUGGAGAUCCUGAGGAAGACCUACGAGGAGCUGGAGCGGACGGUGUCGCGGCUGCUGGACGCCGACUAUCGGCUCCCCAUGGAUGAUCUCCUGCCGCUCCUCAUGUUCGUUGUGUCCCGAGCCAAGUCAGUGGAAUUCUUUCCCCCUCUGGAAUAUUUCCAGAUGGAAGAAUUCUCCAAAUUUUGGGAUUUGGGGUUGGAUGUGUUGGUUUUUUAUCCCCCCCCCAGAGGUGCGCGGUUGGGUUUUUGGGAUAUAAAGUGCCGGCGGAAUUCUGGAGUGUCCGUGUUAUAUCCCAGACAAUAUUUCAUGGAAAAUCAGAUUCCUUUUAUCUCGGAAUUCCAGAAUGUCUGUGUCUUAUCCCAGAGAAAUUCCAGGGUUUUAAUGGAAAAAGUGAUUCCUUUUAUCCCAGAAUUCCUGAGUGUCUGUGUCUUAUCCCAGAUGAUAUUUCAUUGAAAAUCCAAGAAUGCCAGACCGUCUGUGUCUUAUCCCAGACGAUAUUCCAGGUUUUUCAUGGAAAAUGAGAUUCAUUUUAUCCCAGAAUUUCAGAGUCUCCAUCUUUUAUCCUAGAGAAAAUUGGGAUAAUGGGAAGUCUCUGCCCAUGGAUCAUCUUGAAGGACCUUUCCAACCCCAAACACUCUGGGAUUUUGGAAUUCUGGGAUUUUUACAGGAAUUUUCCAUCCUCAGCAGGAACUGGGAUUCCUCUGGGAGAUGAAGAAUCCAAAAUUCCACCCAGCAAUUGGAAUUUCCUAUGGAUGGAUCUGGAAUUUUCUUGGGAUGGAACAGCCCAAGUUGUGCCCAGAGAUUUUUUCCA